AUGCUAGCCGAAGACGCGGCACCGCCCUUUGAGGCACUCGACAUCGACCUUGAUCUUGCCCCUCUGCCGGCAAUGAAGGCGGCGGGCACGGCCAACUUCGACUUCUCAGGGUUGCUCUCACAACCUUUGCGGCUUCACGAAGACCUGGCCAACGGGUGCGGCGGGCAGACGUGGCCUGCAGGGUUUGUGCUCGGGAAGCACAUGCUGCGGUAUCACCACAGUGAUCUCCAAGACGCCAGAAUACUCGAGCUCGGCGCUGGUGGUGGCCUAGUGGGGUUGGCUGUAGCCCGCGGAUGCACCAUUGGCCACCCCCUCUACGUGACAGACCAAAUCGAGAUGUUCGACCUCAUGGGUAAGAAUAUUGGCCUAAAUGGUCUCGAAGCCAAGGUCAAAGCCGCCAUUCUCAACUGGGGUGAUGCUCUCUCCCAGGAGAUCAUCGAUUUCAAGCCCAACGUGAUCCUUGCUGCGGACUGCGUGUACUUUGAGCCCGCAUUUCCUUUGCUCUUGGCGACGAUGACCGACUUGUUGGCUUUGUGUCCCUCAGCCACAAUCUACUUUUGUUUCAAGAAAAGGCGGAGGGCCGACAUGCAUUUUCUCAAAAAGGCACAAAAGAAGUUCAACGUCGUUGAACUCGUGGACGAGGACCGCCCAGUCUUCAGCCGCGAGGGCCUUUUUCUAUUCGGCAUUACCGCCAAAGCACAGGCCAGCCAGAGUCAAAAAGUGACCCCUUGA